GGAGUGGGUGCUGAAGAGCGGGAUGCUCAUUGCCAUGUCCGUCUACACCUACCUCCGGCUCAUCGUCGACCAUGGAGCGCCUAACCUGCUGAACCUCCGCCAGAAGGAGGUCGAUUACUGCAUCAGCAUGCUGAGGGAGAAGUUCAUGGAGUGUCUGAUCAUAGGCAGAGAUCUGGUCCGGCUGCUGCAGAACGUGGCUCGGAUCCCAGAGAUGGAGCUGGUGUGGAAAGACCUGCUGCACAAUCCGCAAGUCCUCAGUCCUCAGUUCACCGGUGUUCUCCAGCUGCUCACCGCUCGGACCUCCAGGAAAUUCCUGGCCUGUCGGCUCACACCGGACAUGGAGACCAAACUGCUGUUCAUGACCUCCAGGGUGCGUUUCGGGCAGCAGAAGCGGUAUCAGGACUGGUUUCAGAGGCAGUAUCUGUCCACGGCAGAGAGCCAGUCACUGCGCUGUGAUCUGAUUCGUUACAUCUGCGGAGUCGUCCAUCCGUCCAACGAGGUGCUGAGCUCUGACAUCCUGCCUCGCUGGGCCAUCAUUGGCUGGCUGCUCACCACCUGCACGUCGAACGUUGCUGCCUCCAAUGCCAAGCUGGCUCUCUUCUACGAUUGGCUGUUCUUCAACCCUGAGAAAGACAGCAUCAUGAACAUAGGUGACACA